UGAAGUGAGAGGGAAGUAUUAAACGAUAAGCAGCUGCUAUAAAGGUAGGAACAUUAUGAGGUUGUUAAAUUAUAAAACAUUUAUCAAGGUUUGUAUCCGCAGAGCCGUGAACUGCUUUCAGGAAGCCGGGAGUCUUUCCAGAACACACUCUUAUCUUACCGAGGAGUAAUCAUGGAUAUGAAGAAACUGGCUGUGAUACUCGCUGAAGCCGGGCAGUCUCACGUCCUCCAGUUUUGGGAUCAGCUGAGCCCAGAGGAACAAGCUGAAAUGAGUCUCGAUCUGGAGAGCAUGAACUUCAUGGAGAUCAACACGUUUUUCAAAAAUGCCAUGAAGACUUCUGGUCAGAGUUCCCAGGAGAAAGUGGACAGCAGGAUGGAGCCAGUGCCCCGAGAGGUUUUGGGGAGUGUAACGCGUGAUCACGAGUCUCUCAAAGAAUGGGAAGAAGAAGGCCUGCACUGUAUAUCUGAGAACAAAGUGGCGGUUCUUCUGCUGGCUGGAGGUCAGGGGACACGGUUGGGUGUACCAUACCCAAAAGGCAUGUACGAUGUGGGCCUUCCCUCCCACAAAACCCUCUUUCAGAUCCAGGCCGAACGCAUUAGAAGACUGGAGCAGCUAGCCGAAAAGCAGCACAGUAGGAAGUGCUGCAUUCCAUGGUACAUUAUGACAAGUGGCAGAACAAUGGACAUGACCAAAGAGUUCUUCUCACGACACAAAUACUUUGGCCUGAAGGAGGGCAAUGUAUUAUUCUUUCAGCAAGGCAUGCUUCCUGCUGUGGACUUUAAUGGGAAGAUUAUUCUAGAAGGCAAAGGCAAACUGUCCAUGGCACCAGAUGGAAACGGGGGUCUGUACAGAGCUCUGGCGACACAAAACAUUGUGAAGGACAUGGAAAAGAGAGGAAUCUCCUACAUCCACGUCUACUGCGUGGACAACAUUCUUGUGAAAGUGGCCGACCCUGCUUUCGUUGGCUUCUGUUCACUUAAAGGAGCAGACUGUGGUGCAAAGGUUGUGGAAAAAACUAAUCCAACCGAAGCGGUGGGUGUGGUCUGUAAGGUGGAUGGGCGUUAUCAAGUAGUGGAGUACAGUGAGAUUACCUUGGCAACAGCGGAGAAGCGGAGCAGCGAUGGUCGACUUAUGUUUAAUGCUGGCAACAUAGCGAAUCACUUCUUCACCCUCGCGUUCCUCAAAGAGAUUGUGAGCACUCAUGAGCCACAGUUGCAGCACCAUGUGGCACAGAAGAAAAUCCCCUACGUGAACACACAAGGACAGCUAAUUAAACCUGACAAACCCAAUGGGAUUAAGAUGGAAAAAUUUGUCUUCGACAUAUUCCAGUUUGCCAAAACAUUUGUGGUAUAUGAAGUUCUGAGAGAAGAUGAGUUUUCUCCAUUGAAGAAUGCAGACAGUCAGGACGGGAAGGAUAACCCUACUACAACCCGUCACGCCCUCAUGUCCCUGCAUCACCGCUGGAUCUUAAAUGCUGGAGGACAUUUCGUUGAUGAGAAUGGAACACAUAUACCUGCUAUUCCUAGACAUGGACCAGCAGGGACAGUCACUCCUGAAGUCAGCCAGAACCUGAAAGAUGGAACUGACCUGCCAAUCAAAUGUGAGAUUUCCCCACUUGUGUCUUAUGGGGGCGAGGGGUUGGAGCAUCUAGUGAACGGGCGAGCAUUCCAGCCCACCCUGGUCAUCAAUGAGAGUGGCGUCCAUGAGCUCGUGAAGAACGGGCUGUGAGCCAAAAUCUCACCGCUGCACUUGAAAACCAAAUGAAGACUCUUUAUCUCUUUAUCAUCUUCAUCUUUCUUCCUGCCAUGGUGAAGGAACUGUGAAAUUCGUGUGCAAUAAAAUGAAAGAAGGGGGCCACACCGCCAGUCAUAAUCAAACCGUUUUAUGAUCAAACUAUUUAUUUUGCGAAGACUUAUUUUUAUAUCAAUGCCCAGUGCUUUUUUUUUUUUUUUCUAAAAUUGGAACGUAUGCAAUUUUAGCCAUUUAAUUUAUAGAUAUGUACACAUGCAUGAACAUAGCAUCAAAUGGGUUCUUUAAAAUACUCCAGUGCUGUUCAGGUUGCAUGAAAGGGCACUGCUGAGAUUUUAGGCAUUCCUGCUUAAUCUUUUUCCAUUCUCUUAAAGUGUAGAUAAAUGUAAAAACUAGGGGGAGGUAAAGUUUUGUCUUCUCUGUGGAUGUCUGUCUAUGACUGGAAUGAUUUUUUUUUUUUUUUUUACCAGAAUGUGAGUGAGAAAGUGAUCUUUAAUCAGACUUUCCAGUACAGGUUGUGUGAGAGGGCACCUGAUUGGGUUAUACUGAGUCUCUGUUGCUGCCACUUGCUGAAACUAUUCAGAGAGUGCAGAAAGCAAAUUGAGGCUCCCUGUCUUUCUCCUCUCUCUCUCCUUACUCUCUCUUGCAAUCUUCCUGUGUCACUAGCAGUUUUUUAGCACUUCUCUUUUCCAAAGAAACUUCUUCCACCAUCAUUGUCAAUAUAUUUGUGCGCAUCCAUUUAUAAAAGAAUGUAUCAUGAUCAUUGAUUCAUUUGUCUUUACCUGUUUUAUGUACCAUUAUUUUUCUAGAUUCCAAUGACCAUUUAUAGACUUAAAGGUUCAGUUCACCCAAAAAUUCUGAUUCUCCCAUCAUUAACUCACCCUCAUGCCAUCUCAGAUGUGUGACUUUCUUUCUUCUGCUGAACACAAAUAAUGAUUUUUAGAAGAAUAUUUCAGCUCUGUAGGUCCAUACAAUGCAAGUGAAUGGUGCCAAACAUUUUACCCCCAAAAAGCACAUAAAGGCAUCAUAAAAGUAAUCCAUAUGACUCCAGUAGUUGAAUCCAUGUGUUUGGAAGUGAUAUGAUAGGUGUGGGUGAGGAACAGAUCAAUAUUUAACCAUAAAUUGUAAACCACAUUUUUACAAUAAAUUCUCCUUCCUGCCCAGUAGGUGGUGAUAUGCACGAAGUAUUCGAAUCACCAAAACCAAAAGAAGAAUGUAAAAGUGAAAGUGGAGAAUAUUAGUCAAAAAGGACUUAAAUAUUAAUCUGUUUCUCACCCACACCUAUCAUAUCGAUUCAGAAGACACGGAUUAAAUCACUGGAGUCUUAUGGAUUACUUUUAUGUUGUAUUUAUGCAUUUCAGAGCUUAAAAAUAUUUGCACCCAUUCACUUGUAUUGUAUGGACCUACAGAGCUGAAAUAUUCUCCUAAAAGUCUUCAUAGACAUCUGGGAUAGCAUGACAGUGAGUAAAUUAUGAGAGAAUUUUCCUUUUUUGGGUCUACUAACUAUCCUUUUAAGCUCCACUGUUUGGGAAUGUUUUGACAUAUAUUGGGUAUAUUGAAACUUUUUCUUUUUUUUUAAUUCUUUGAUUUGCAUUACUUGAAGUUGACACUGAAAAUGUCAGUUAUUGCUUUCUCAUUUGGUUAUUACUAUAGUGGGGAUAUUUAAACAAAGAUGCUUUGACCUGCAUCUGUCAGUCUCAAACUUCCAUCACAAACAUAUUGCAUAGUGUAUGCUUGUAAAAUUAAAGAAUUAUUUCUUGCAAAUUUCUAUAGUAGACUGCUGUGUUGGAAUUAUGAGGAAGUUUUAAAUGGAAGGCCUCUGAGACUAGGUUGCUCACAAAUGUUGAUGGUACAAAACCAAGUAUGGGUGAUCCACGACCUGGAAUAAAUCCAAAGAUCCUGUUCAUAUUCUGUCACUUUUGUUCUUUUUUGUUACCCAGGCUGAAGAUCAAUGAAAUAAUGUGGUUUAAUGUAGUAAUUAAUGUACCUUGGGGUAAAAGCAUCAGAUAAAUGACAAUAAACUCAGUCAUUUACCAAUUACGUAA